AACAGCUCUGAACAGCUAGCGCCUCUCCAUUGCCAUUGGCAUUGUCCAGUGCCACAGCCGAUCGAGCUUCUUGUCAAAAGCUGCUUGUGCUGGGAAGGAUCUGUGUCCAUCUAGCUUGAUGUCAUCGUCAGAGGUUUGUAGGAUACCGCAAGCCCUGACGAGCCUUGGGGCGUAGGUAGGAGCACGCCUGCAGUUGAAUCGGCACCUCGCAUGAAUGGCCGGGCAUAGAGUAGAAGGUGGUCGGACUUGAACAGAAAGGGUGAACCCAGGGGAGGCUGAUGAAUCAACAUCUGGCUCUUCAUUGCUGAUGGCUCCUCAUGAGGAAAUGUAUGGAGGGAUAGGUCUCAGUCGACUGCCUCCCUCCAUGCAGUCUUUGCGAGAGAGGAUAGGAGGACUCAAAGCCGCAACCGAGUUAGGGUCCUCCGGAGAAACAGCGGUGGCAAUCAGCAGCCAGCACCAGCGGCCUUCUGACACCUUUGAGCGACUUAGAGAUAGGGCACUCAACACGGAAAAAGCAGCCAGGGUUGCAGCAGCAUCUCAACAGUCCCUGACGAAUGAAAGUCCGUCUCUUCAAAGGAGGAGGAGCAGCUGGGAAACUGAGCUAGACGAAUACCUUAGCAUCAGCUCAGAUACUGCAGCGGGGUUAGAAUUGAGAGGCAGACUGCAAUCGCCGGAGGCUUGGUUGAGGUUUCUGCAAGAACACGAACAGCUCCAGGGGUCUUGCAAGUACUCAGAAGCAGCAUCCGAGAUAGGCAUCAGCCGCCUUUAUGAAUGGGCUACCAAGGCCAUCCCAAGGUCUCUGAACAUCAGCAACGAGGACUAUGUCAGGAUAUGGACUGGUUAUGCCAAGCACCAAAUGGAAACGAGCGAGGAGGAUGCAAGGCAGAUCUUCAAGUACCUGAAGAGCCAUCAUAUUGGCCACGGGCUGGCCUGUCUUUAUGAGGAAUGGGCUCUCUUCGAAGUUGCCGCUGGCCAGCCUCAGAAGGCUCUGCAGAAGGUGCAAGAGGGCAUCCGGCAGCAGGCAACACCAGCCGGGCAUCUCGAGGAACUGCAAUCCAAACUCCUCACCUCCCUUCAGAGCAGAAGCGAGAGCAACCUGCCAGCACAUCCAAGUCCCAUCCCUGCACCCCAUUCACUGGAAAGACUCUCCUGGCCUCGAUCGGCUAGCGCUUUCCAGCCCUCAGCACCACCCGUCGAGCAGCCAAGCCCUCUUCUUCGCUCUCACUCUCUAGACAAAGCCGGGCUGGCAUUGCCGCCUCAGUCUACUCCCUCCACCCACCAAAUCAGGCCGCAACAGGGAACCCCUUCCGCAUACCGGCAGCAGCCUUUCCAGCCUUCUCUGCAACCAAUCCCUUCACCCGCUGACGCCGAGUCCCUCACCACCCCGAGCAGAGAAGCCGUCCGAGGAACCCCUCGUUCCUUCCCCUCACAACGCCCUGAGUCCAGCAAGCCUUCUGCGGCCGAAGAACGGUGGCGACCAGACUUGACGGCAACGUCCGUGCAGUCUGUAGUCGAGCCAACUUCGGCCAGCGUGCUCGCAGGGCAGGAUGCUGCCAAGGGGGACUUCAGCACUCCGUACGGGAAAAGUAGGGGGAGCAGCUCUGGUGGCGUGCCUGCAGAUGGAACCACAACUUUUGGCAUGCCAACGCCUAGCUUCGGUCUAGGGACGAGCACCUUAGGCAAGAGCGGCCUUCCCGGGGGGUUCAAGUUCGACGACACGGCGCACUCAGGCGCGGGGUCGUGCUAUGUCUCUCAGGACAACGGGAGAGAAACCGGGUACGGUCAUACAAGUCACUCUGUAGGGGGGCGCAGCAGCAUUGGGAGCAGUUUCCGGUGGCAACCGAGCCCCACCAGUGUGACGACGCGCCAGUUGACUACGGGUGUGAGCAGCAUGGGGGCACCGGAUCGGAGUCAGAAUGCAGAGGAGGGCCCUGACGAGAGCCAGGUGGUGUUGGGAGGUGCUGACGUGGCAGGAGCACCGGGGAGGCAGUCGGAAAAGGGUGCAGACCACUCUGCGGGGCAGUCUGAAACUGUGGUUGGGGGUAGGGAACCUGCGGGCCUGGGUCAGGAGCGGAUUCGGGACUUGAGGGAGAGUCUUGGCCGACCAGGAGUUCCUAGAGAGUGGCCUCCUGCUAUCCGGAGGAAUGUACAAACAGCAGGGGUAGCGGAAACAGGGGAAGCCUCGGCAGGGGGGAGUGUGAGUCCGACUGAGACGGUAGAGCUGCCAAAGGGCCAACUGCCAGACGUUAGCCUGCCAGUGCAAGCGACUAGAGGGCGGGAGGACGGUUUGCAGAGCAGAGUAGGGACUCCGCGGCAAGGGGGUGGAGAGAAAGCGGACCGGUCCUGGCCAAGCUUGGAGGAGCUGGCUGACAGACGAGGCUUAACCCCUGGGGACCAGAGAGGGACUGUGGUUGCAACCUCUGCAACCGCAGCAGGUGGCCAGUCUCUCACGGAGAGGAAUGGCCCUUCAUCCGGGCCACCGAAAAGCGCACCCCCACCCCUCAAAAUGGAGCGGCCUGCUCUUUCUCGGGGAAACCAGCCAACGGGAGUGGCUCUCGAGCGGCCACAAUGGAUGCGGGAGCCUGCCAAGAAGCUGGCCCCGACGCUGUCCCCGGUGGAGGAAAAAUCGAGGGAGCGCGCUUCUAGCAACGCCACAAGCGCCAAGUCUGGCAGCAAGAGCAGCGGGAGCAGCAGUGUCAAGAGCGCGGUCACGAGCAAGGGGGACGAAGAGACGGUGAGCCUGAGCAAGCCUGUCGGGGAGAGUGCGCCCGAGAAGGAGAAGGGGCUGCCUCCAGCGAGCGCUGCAGUGGAGAACGGUGCGGCAGCGCCAAAGCAGGGCAAGCAGCUGCGGCGUUUGGGUUUGAGCGGUCGGGCGCGGCGUGUGGCCGGUGCUGAGGACGCCCCAAGCUCGGCAGAGUCCACCGAGGAGCUUUCCCCAGCGGACGAGCAGCCAAAAGAUCCGCUCCCGGUGGUGAUACGGCAGCCUCGAGAACUCCCGAGCGACGAAGAGCUGCUGCAGAAGAUGGAUGAGGGGCGGGGGGCUUUUAGUAGCCAGGCGGAAAAGGGGGCUGCAGACAGCAUCCGGGGCAGUAAACAGGGGCAAGAAGUGCUCGGAACGGAGCAGUCCGGGGGAAAGGGCAUUACGGGAGGUCGGGAAGGCGGAAGCAAAGAGCCCGACGUGGCGAUGGUCGAAGGGAGGGAGGCAAGAGAAGCUAGCAGAGGCGGAAAGGGGACACUCGACGAGAGGCGGGGUUCAGAAUGGAUGGACACGAAGGGUCAGGCGGUUCAUACAAAGGCAGCGCUCCCUGCUGCCACGUCAGCAGUUUCGGCCUACACCCAAGCUGAGCUUGCGUUGCCAGUAACCGAGCGAGGUCACGAGAGCCGUUCCCCUAGACCCGCUCAACAGCCUGGGGUACCUCGCACGGAUCUACCAAGCCUUGGCACGAACGGACCGACCCCCUCGCUACAAACUUCCGGAUCAGCCGCCCCGCAAACCAGCCGGCCUACAAAGCCGGUGAUUUCGAGCACGCAAGCCGCCUCUCCUUCUGAAAACGCCCGUCAAGCUGAACCAUCGCAACCCGCCCUCAACAAUCCUGCUCAGCCUCAACCAGUCCAGCCACAAAACCCCUUACAACAAGUCACCCCCGCGUCGAGCAGGCCCCGUUCGGAGCCUCGAGCGCCAGAGAAAGACCAGCAGCGGGGCCACGGAGCCCCUCAACAGGGCCCCGGCCAGGCAACGCCGAAGCAAGGCUCGUCCCGCGUGGCAAGCAGCCCCGCGCCGCAGGCGCCCGCGAGCGCUAACUCCAGGGGGAGUGCCCAUCAGGGCGCUCGCGAAGACGAUGUGGUGUGGCUGAACGGGAAGCGGUACCAGAAGCUCAAGACCGUCGGGAAGGGGGGCAGCAGCAGGGUCUACAAGGUGAUUGGGCCCGAUCGCAGCGAGUUUGCGCUCAAGAAAAUCCCUUUGACGGGUCCCGGUGUCGGCCCUGAGGCCCGGCAGGGCUUCAUCGAGGAGAUCGAGCUGCUCAAGCGGCUGCAGAAGCGGAGGAACAUCAUCCGCUACAUCGACUCAGAGGUGCGGGAGGACGUGGUGUAUGUGCUGUUAGAGUACGGCGAGAUCGAUCUGGCCAGCCUGCUCAAGAAGGAGCAACAGAAGGCGAUCGAAAUGGGCUCCAAGUGCGUUGACGAAAACUUCAUACGCCGCUCCUGGCAGCAAAUGCUGGAGGCGGUGCACAGCGUGCACCAGGAGCGCAUCGUGCACAAGGACCUGAAGCCGGCCAACUUUCUGAGCGUCCUGGGCGAGCUCAAGCUGAUCGACUUUGGCAUCGCCAAGUCCAUGGUCGACGACGCCACCUGCAUCGAGCAGCAAAGGAACCACAUGGGCACCGUGAACUACAUGUCCCCCGAGGCCAUCAAGUCCGCCACCACGGACGUCCGCGUGAGCCGCCCGUCCGACGUGUGGUCCCUGGGUUGCAUCCUGUACCAAAUGGCGUACGGACAGCUGCCCUUUGCGCACGUCCCCAACCAGCUCCACCGGAUGUAUGUCGUGGCUGACCCCAACACAAAGAUCUCGUUCCCCCCGCUCCGCAACCCCCACCUGCGGGACGCCAUCCAGCGGUGCUUGACGUACAGCCCCGAGGGCCGCAUCUCAAUCCCCGAGCUGCUCCGGCACCCAUUCCUCAGGCCUGACGUGCUCCCGGCGGUUCCCCCGACACCCCCCGGCCCGGCUGCGACAGGUUUCGCCCUCAGCGAACAGCAGAUACAGUCAAUCCUGGCUGCGGUCGCCACCGCGGCUCCCGGGAGCAAGCUGGACUUACAGGAGAUGCUGCGACAGCUGGCGGCCCACUCGGGGCCCGGGCUCGCGGCCGCCCUCCAGCAGGCGACCACGUCCAAGUAA